AUGGGUCAGAGUCUUUCCUCUUCGGCAAAUAACCAGGAUCAAGAUGGAGAUGUUACGAUGGCUGACGAUUCUGAAACAAACGUAGAUGUCAACGGUUCAGAAUAUAAUCGCAACAACCAAAAUGGUUCAACAUUAUAUUCUUCACUACGACCUCAUUCUAACAGAGCUAACUCGCAAGAUCGAACACAGCUUCCUCAGGCCCUAACGUUUGACCAUGCAUCUCAAAAUGGCUCACCUAGGGUUUUGCGUAUGACACCAGCAAGACGUAGGCGGCAGCUUUCCAGCUUGCAUCCUUUUUUCCCGACUGCAACGACUAUUAACCAAACACAAAUUCCACUAAGUAGACCUCUAAAUCGUCUUCAGAGAUUUCAUCACGGUUCAGUGGACGAUGUAUCGUUAGCACCUAGACAAACUGAUGCAAUGGCUCCAAAUAUGUUACGAAGAAGUCGUACAAUAUCAUCUAGCUAUAGUGGACAUGAUUCUGAUAUGAUGUAUAGAAUGGAAGAUAAUUCUUUUCCAAAUACAGAUACAAUUUUUGACGUGAGACGUCCUCGAUCUAAUUCUGUGGACGCAAUUGUAGAUGGCGAUUUAGGUGAAGAUAUAUCGAGGUCAAAUGCUCGUAUAUUUGAUCGUCCACGUAGAACUAGUACAGACAGAGGAACGGAAUCUAUACGCUCACAUCCAAAUGAGACAAUAUCUUCUAAUGUAUCUGAUCUCAGUUCGAACUCAUCUACAGCCGGUACUCAAACAGAUUCUUCAGCAGCAUCUACUCAACGCUUAAGACGAAGAGUAACUCGCAUUUCUGCACGAAGGUUAUUUGGACCGGACACAGAAAGUAACAACAAUAAUAACGCUCACACUAAUAAUGAGGACAAUGAUACGGAUAAUCAUGUUUUAGCAGAGCGUGCUGCAAAUGAAGGACAUGAUGGGAGUUUUGAAAGUUUCUUGGCAGCACUUCAGAGACGACGUCAAGAGGCUUCAAACAGACCUUCAAGUCAACCAACGACAACAAACUCGCCACCAACACCUAAUGAAGAAGCUACAUCAAUUGAUAAUAAUGCAUCUAAUACUCAAUCAUCACAAUCAAUGUCCUUUUUUCGCUUGUUUCGUUUCGGAGGAUCUCGAUCAAUAUCUUCACAAUCAGAUCCUACAACUGAGCCAGCCCCAAACACUUCAUUACCUUCCACAACAAGAGAUGAAUCAAAUGCUACUAACACCAACAAUGGACCGCAAAUGGUUCCAGUUAUUAUUAUUGGUAUUCGAAGCGUUCCUCCUCGUGAUGAUAUAAACGGAAACCUUGCUUCUUCACAACAAUCUGAAAAUAAUGUUCCAGAUACAGACCAUCGUAGUUCAUCUGGAGGAAGAUUUUCCCGAAGUAGAUCUGCUUCAACUUCAAGUCGAAAUUCAACUAGACCUACUGCAUCUACUGGAACUCAAACACCACCACCACGUUCGUGGAUUAUUUACGUUUUAGGUGGAACAUACCCUUCUACUCAUCCCCUGCUCACCACACCGUCUUUAUUUUCCGAUAACCCUACAUAUGAAGAUAUGUUAUUACUGUCAUCUCUUCUUGGUCCGGCUAGGCCUCCAACUACGACCCAGAGGGAGAUUGAUGAGAAUUUACCUGUCGCGCUAUACAAUGAGAGCAUUCGUGGCGUGAACGAACAUGUUCUAUUGGGCAACGCAGAGAAAUGUCAAGUAUGUUUAUGUGAUUAUGUCGCAGACGAAGAGUUAAGGGUACUUAAUUGUCAUCAUGGAUUCCAUCGCGAAUGUAUCGAUAAGUGGCUUACUGAAGGAUCAAAUAAGUGCCCCAUUUGUCGAGGCAUUGGUGUCCCACCUCGUGAAAAUGAAACUGCUAAUAAUGCGAUUCCAAAUGCGAUGGGCCCUUUCUUUUAG